AUGAGUGACAGUGUCGAUCGAUCUGUCGGUGCCAUUCAGGAAGAAGACCCGACAACCACCUCUGUAGCCACGAUCCCAGAUGCAGCGUCGCAAAACCUUGGCCUUGCAAGGUUUGAUGCGAUGCGAGACCAGGGGAUCGCUCAGAAAAAGCGUGAAGAGGAAGUAAUCCGAGCCCGGCUGGCCAGAAGGAAUCGCACCGACCCAAGAACCUUCCCGUUGUUGCGUCCUCUCACUAGGGACAUAGUAGAAGAAUACCACUCCACGAUCUGGCACAAGGUCAAGAACAUAGGGUACUCAUACUUCGUUGAGCUGGGCCUUGAUCCUCGCGCUCGACCAGAAUGGUGUCUGGACCCAAGCACAGAAUCGAAGGCAUUGUUCCAGCAGGUCUGGGGCGAGGGCGAGACCUGGCAGUCAAACGUCAACGAGCUGACUCAAUUGGGCGACCUGACCGCCGUUGAUAUUGUACAGGGCUGCCUUGGGGCCGCGGUCAAGCAGAUGGUGUACGAUCGUGAGCUGCCAUGGGACAGCCCUAGAAUGGUUUUGGAGAAAUUGAAGAAGCAUGCUCCGUACAUGACACAAGAGAUUUUUGUCCGGUCUCCGCGAAAGGACGAUCUCGAAAAGUCGUUGACGUUUCCUGAAACCGUUUGGCUCGCUGGGCAGACGAUGGUGCUCGAUCGCGACUUUCAGAAGCCCACGAUUCGUGAUGAAGCCGUCCGUCUGGCUACCAGAUUGAGCCUGAUACUGGACCCUCAGCUGUCCAAACUCGGCAUCCAGAAGAAGGGCGGAGACGAAGAUGCGAGAGCAUGCUGGAGGAAUCGAAACAACGGGUUGGCGACAAUGUUCGAGGAAGCAUUGAUUCUCAAAGGUUAUGUUCUUGCGACACCAUGCGAUCACGAGUUCAAAUGGAUCGAACGAGGGACCGAACUGGAUACGGAGACCAUGGAGGAGAUUUUUGAGAUCGACGGUCCAGGCACAGUCACAUGGAGUGUUCUUCCUCAGCUACAUGUCCUUCAGAAUCCAGACGAAGGGUGGCGGGUUACUGCUCCAGCGAUCCUUCAGGCGGACUCCGGCACACAGAAGCAGAAAUGA